AUGUCUUUACAAGAAGACCUCGAGGCGUACCUCCAAGAUUACCUCGACGCACCAAAUGUCGGGAAGGGUGAACCGGCAGCUCGAUUUUGCCACGUCGAGAUACCGCCAUAUCGGCUGGAAAUAGACGUCAUGGAAAUGUUUCGUCAAUUCUUUAGCAAGACAGAUACACAACUCUUUUUUGUUGCCCCGGAUAUGGAGAUCGAGCAAGGCUUGGAGCUUGGUAUGGAUGAUACAACAACAUCCUAUUCGUAUGAUCAGUUUUUGGACAUCAUACAGAAGAACAUUCUCUCAGAGCAAGGGGUUGCGUCUACUAUCUGGAAGAAGUCUGUGGCAGGCGGAUGGCUAGAAGACUGCAUCUUGCCGCCAGACUCGGUAAUAGUGAUGCAAAUCGACCCCAACAUGCCGGCUGGGUGUGUGUUGUCACUGGCCGGUAUUGUCGAAUGGGCCGUUGACGUCUCCUCUGAUCUGGUCUGUAGUAUUGAUGAGAUCCUAAGUUUACCUAAAUCUUUCCAUAACUUAGACGAGAAGUCCAAGACUUUUACCUUGCUCAGCUUUACCUACAGAGUUGGAAACCUUGAACACCUGUUUCUAUAA